CUGGCCCAGUGCACGAGCCCGGCACGGACGCGCGUUCGACGCCAUGGCGGGUCUGGAGCUGCUCUACCACUCGGUGGCCCGCGACCUGGUCUCUCCUCAGGACGCGCUGGUCUGUUUCGUGCACUGGGAGCUCGUCAGGGCCGGCUUCAAGUGCCUGGGGACCGGGGACCAGGGCUCGUCUGAUGAGAUGAAGAAGGAGCUGUUGCCAAAUGGCUGGAAUGCCAAUCAUGAGCUGUACACGUUGCGUUAUCGUUCAGACAACGAUCAGAAAGAAAUUCUGCUGAAGGCAAUCACUGUAGAUGCCAGUGUGAUCAUUAAUGUUUUGAAUUACCAAUCUGAACAGGUUGUAGAUUUAACAGUGAAUUUAAAUGACUAUAUCAACUCAGAACACCUGCAGCAAUAUGACAGAGUUUUCAAGAAGAAAGAUGAGUUACGGCAUCGUGUUGAGUCAGUGAUUAUUUCUCCUUUGGUCGGAACGAAACCGAGGAAGGAAGGAGGGUCCCUGAAAGAAAACAAGUCGGUUCGGCCUUGUGCUCAACCACUCACAGACCCCAGCCCACUCUACAUACCUCCCAGUCACCCGCAGAGGCAAUCUCCCUGGUCUGGCCCUAUGGCACCAUUUGCAACAGGGGGAGAUGAUCUUGAUCCAUUUAGUGAUCGAAGAGGUGGGAUGAUUGUAGAUCCAUUGAGGUCUGGAGUACCGAUCUCUGGCUUUGACCCAUCAUCGGGAAUACCAGGACAACUUCCUCCAGGAUCCGUGCCGCCCGGGGCCAGGUUUGAUCCAUUCGGGCCAAUUGGACGUGGCCGUUCUGACCCUGAUCCAGAUCACCUCCCUCCCCCCGGAUACGACGACUUAUUCAUGUGAUCCCCCACCUUGCCACUCAGACGUUUGGUUUCAAGAAACCUCGAUCGUCCAUCACAAUCUGGAAUACUGUGGCCUUUGCUACCUUUGAUUAAAUGGAUAUUAUACAACUGCUACUUGCUCUUGUGUAUCUCUUUCUGAAGACUAACAGCUCCAGCUGAACCACUAUGGUUGACGAACUCGACGAGUAAAACUCUUAAGCACAGCCAACUACUUGGUCAGGUACGUGGCAUGUUGCCCAAGUGUUGACUUGCUGCUGUACACUCGAGCAGUUGUCACUGUGAUUUUGUUUCGGAAGGCAGGUGAUGUUAAAUGCAUAAAUAUUUCGGUUUUGGUGACCCUGUUAAACUUAAUAAACUGAUGGAGAAAUAA